GGACCUUUGCUUGGGUCUCGUUAUAGACAACAAUGGCGAUCACCAGCAAAAAUGCGAGGGACGACCUUCACAUACUAAAACUUAUCGCUAAAUUGGGCUUUAAAAACCUGCUUUAAUAUGGUGAAAACAAGAAGAAGCUUUGAGAUAUCAGAUUCCCUUCCAGGCAAGGGCAAGGCGACCGAGGGGAAGAAGAACUUGGAAAUUCCUGAGGAGCAAAGCAGUGACGAAAGUGGCUUAGAAUCCAUUCCCGUAUCUUCUAAACGGCGUAAACUUCACAGCAAAGAAGCCAAAGAAAGCAGAUCCCUUCAUAAGCGCGAGGAAACCACAUCGGAGAGGAACUUUUCCCCUCUGCGAACGAGACAUGGAACCAUUUUGAGAUCUGGGAGAACUGAAGGUACACAAUCUCGAAGCACCGGUUACAAACAAGAACAAAUGGAGGCCGAUGAUGGCCGGAGAAAAUCUGCAGGUGCAAAAGCGUGUUUGAAGUUCCGAAAAUGCCUGUCCGAAAGCCCAAAACUUGUUGUAAAUUUAGAUAACAAUGAAAUAGUUGCUCCCUUGUCAAUACGCCGAAGUCGUCGAGAGCGAAAAGAAGUCUACGAUACACUCAACAUACAGAUGUUGACCGAUCAUCGAUAUGUCCAUCCGACAUUUGAAAAUUAUAACGAGAAAGCAGACGAGAAACAAAGAAAGAGGAGAGUGUUGGAAGACCCUUCGGACGACAGCGAAGACGAAAGGGCUGUAAACAUGUAUGACACUGUGAAGCGUAGACAUGACACACCCUCUCCUGUUAAACAUGGUCAAAGACAUCAACAGGAAGAGGAUGAUGAGGAUGACGACAGUGAUGAUGAUGAGGAGGAGGAGGAGGGGGACGGCGAGGAUGAGGGGGAGGAUGAGGAGCAAAGAAAACGCUACUUAUUGAGAAAGAAGAAGCCUGUCACUAACCGAUACAUGGCCCCACCUCUAAAGAGCAAAAAAGAAAAGCGGGUAUUCCAGCUCACAAUGCAUAGAAGAGGCAGAGGGCGCGCCCCACCUCAUGCCUCGCCUAUCAGGCAGUAUCGUGCUCCCAAAAGAAAGGCCAUGAACAUGAGUUCUUCUACUUCAUCUGAGGAGUCUUGUGAUGAACAAGAUGAGAGAAUGUUUGAGAGGAGGAAGAGCAAAAGCAUGGCGAAGGCCAGAAACCGUGCCUUGCCCAUCAACUUGACCAUAGAGGAUAUCUCCAAAGGCGUUUUGAGGGACCGUGAGAGGAUUGGCUCAAGCCUUGCUGAUGUGGAUCCUAUGUCAGUAGACAGAAAGGUGAAGUUUGACAGUGUAGGAGGCCUCAACAAGCAGAUACAAGCCCUAAAAGAGAUGAUUCUUUUCCCACUUGUCUAUCCAGAAGUGUUUGAUAAAUUCAAGAUUACUCCACCUCGGGGUGUGCUGUUUUUUGGACCUCCAGGUACCGGCAAGACCCUAGUUGCCAGAGCCUUAGCCAAUGAAUGUAGCCAAGGUGACAAGAAAGUGUCAUUCUUUAUGAGGAAAGGUGCCGACUGCCUAAGCAAGUGGGUAGGAGAGUCUGAGAGACAGCUACGCCUCCUUUUUGACCAGGCAUAUGCUAUGCGCCCAUCCAUCAUCUUCUUUGAUGAGAUAGACGGCCUAGCCCCAGUGCGCUCCAGUCGUCAGGAUCAGAUCCACAGUUCCAUUGUAUCCACUCUUCUUGCACUAAUGGACGGCUUGGACAGCAGAGGGGAGGUGGUUAUUAUUGGGGCCACUAACCGAAUCGAUGCUAUUGACCCUGCCCUUAGACGCCCUGGAAGGUUUGAUAGGGAGUUCCAGUUCGCGCUGCCUGAUCGUGAUGCCAGACGGAGUAUCCUCUCUAUUCACACCAGGGAGUGGGAGCCAAGACUUUCUCAGCGGUUCAUCUCUGAGCUUGCAGACUAUUGUGUUGGCUAUUGUGGGGCAGACAUCAAAGCUCUUUGUACAGAAGCGGCCUUGUGUGCGCUAAGGAGACGUUACCCACAAGUUUAUACUUCAAGUAGAAAACUGCUUCUUGACAUCAAUGACAUUGAGAUCACCUUUAAAGACUUCAUCAAUGCCACCAAGAGUAUAGUCCCUGCCCACCAGAGAUCAGUGGCAUCUCCGGCAAGGGUGCUGUCCACAACAAUCAGACCGCUGCUUGAGAACACAUUCAACAAGGCACACCAGAUGCUAGUCAAACAAUUCCCUGCUGCACAAAUGGAUACAGGAAAUGCAAGCAGUACUCAACAAAAACAUCAGGAAAUCCCAUCUGAUGAUGACUUGAGUUCUGAUGGUGAGGAUGGGCCGGACAUCUAUGACCACACCCAUCCCACAAGCUCUAUAGCAGGAUCUAGCAGGAGUGAGCGCUAUAUGCGCCGCAUCAUGCAAAGGCAUGGGGUGUGCCCAGAUGUCAGUCCAGGAGCCUCCAAAACAUUUAGCUUCUCAGAGCAAGUAUUCAGGGGUGCAGUGACGUACCGACCUCGAAUGUUGCUAUCAGGGAGAGAGGGCAUGGGGCAGUCAACACACAUGGCACCAGCUUUGCUGCAUAGUACGGAACACCUCAGUGUACAUUGUCUGGAUCUUCCUGCUUUGUAUGGUGUUACUUCAAGGACUCCUGAAGAAGCAUGCGCACAGCUGUUCCGUGAGGCCCGGCGCUCUUUACCCUGCAUUGUCUACAUGCCGCAUCUCAACUCUCUAUGGCUGGCUACAAGUGAGAGUCUCCAUGCUACUCUCAUAUCACUGCUACAGGAUCUGCCUCCACUCUCACCAGUCCUGCUACUUGCCACAGCAGACAAGGAGUUCUCUCAGCUGCCUUAUGAGUUACAGCAGCUCUUUUCACAAGAUACUGGCCAGGUAUUAGAAGUAGCGUAUCCUAAUGCUGAAGAGCGCCGUGCCUUUUUCUGUGCAAUAUUCCUUGACUAUGCACUUCAGAUGCCUAAGAGGAAGAAAAAACGGCGUGAUCACAGUAAUGAAGUACUCCCGUUCGCCCCCUCCCCACCCAGCCGACAGCUGUCAGAACAGGAGAAGCAAAAGAUCCAGCAGAACGAGGAGAGCACCAUGCGGGAAUUGCGCAUCUUCCUGCGGGACGUGCACCACAAGCUCAUCAUGGACCGCAGGUUCAAGGAAUUCUCCAAACCUGUUGAUCUAGAAGAGGUGGAGGAUUACCUUGAUGUAAUUCAGGAGCCGAUGGACUUAUCCACCAUGAUGGAGAAAAUUGACCGUCACCAGUACAGCACAUGUGCUAAUUACUUGCUGGAUAUAGAUCUAAUCACUAGCAAUGCCCUGAAGUACAACCCUGACCGAGACCCACUCGACAAGAUCAUUAGGCACAGGGCCUGUGAACUACGUGACUUUGCACACUCACUUAUCAAAUCUCAGCUGGAACCAGAGUUUGAAAAGGCUUGCGAGGAGAUCGUAGAAUCAAGACAACGGAGAGGCGAGAACCUCUCUUCUGUUGCCCCGGCAUACGUCUUCACAGCACCUCGCACCAAGCUUAUUGUACCUCCUUCAAGUUCUAAUGUACCCCUCAACGAGUCAGUGACUCCCAUGUCAGUGGGAGAGAGCUCGGCGGGGUCUUCACGGAUGGAAACAAGGUCUGCCUCGCAUAGUUCCUCCACUGGCAAGAACACAGACAGUAGUGGGAAAGCAUCAAAGAAGAAGAAGCGACCAUAUGGGGGACGGAGGAGGCGAAUCAAGCGCAGACAGCUGAGCAAGGAGCUGAAUAUUGCAGGGAAGGAGGGGGAGGAGAAAGAUAAGAAUGUUAAUGAAGAAGAUGAAGAUGUGGAACAACAUUAUGAAAGCAUGGAUACUAAUCAGGCGGAGACGGUAGACAAGGGGGAGGAAGGUGACGGUAAUGAGAUAGAGAGAGAAACUGAUUACAAGAAGAAAAGGGAUGAGAAUAAUGCAACGGAUGUGGACAGGAUCGAGCAGAAUACCACAGCAGAUGGAACCAAUGAAAAUGAUACAGCAGAUGGUUGCAAGGUCAUUGCGGAUAAUGCAACGGAUGUGGACAGGAUCGAGCAGAAUACCACAGCAGAUGGAACCAAUGAAAAUGAUACCGCUGAUGGUAACAACGUCGAAGCCAAUGAGGUGAUGGCAAGAGACAAGGCCGGUGAUAGUGUAUUUGGAAGCACUUCUGAGAAAGACGAGAAAGAUGACGAAAUCUCUAGAAGUGGUCCAACCCCAUUGGAAAUCUCAAAAGACUCUGUCAUUAAUCAAAACGGUGAUAUACCAGUCAAUCAUACAGAUGCUGAUAUAGAUGUCACUGAAGGGAAGGGGAAGCACAAAUCCCAAGUGCUUAUAGAGAAUGGGGAAAUGUACAAAUCAACAGUGGAGGAAGAUUCCAUGGUGAAUAAUCAAGCUGACGGGUUUGAUCCCCCAAGUCCAAACAGGGAGGUAAAGACAAAGAAGUGUGUGCAGUUCGCAGAAGAGAUAGAAUUACCAAAUGGAUUUAUUGCAAGUGAUGCACAGGAGAGGAUCAGGGUAACACAAGGCAGCGAAACGCUAGAAAAGAUGGACAACAAGCGCCUAGAUUCUGAAGUCACUGAGUGUUCACUAGACGUCGAAGAGCCUUACCAAGCUGACCCAAGCCAGGAGUCACAGUUACUAUGGAAACAGAAGCUGGAGCUCCUGCUGGCCUGGCUUGUGGAUAUGACAGAGGGCUCAGCUGUUGCGAGUUUGGAGCAAUGUCACAGCAGUCUACAGCAGUGCGUUUACCAGCAUCGACGGGAUGCGGACAAGACUGUAUUGAUACAGUCGCUGGAAGAUAUUUUAACUGGUUGGGCCAGCCGAAUGCCUUACACAACCAGAUAAACUCUCCAAGGCUAUGCUCACAACACCAGGGACACUAGAGUUCUCAGACUCCUCGCAGUCCCUUUGAGAUGGGCGUGGCCUCCCCCUCGCCACCAGAGCAUUGGUACCUUCCAGACUUGAGCUGCCUAACACUAUCAUUGAUGGCACUGUAAAGGCUGAAGCUUCACCAUCAGAAUUAGUACGACUUUCUGAACUUGAGCGGCCCAAGCGAACUGUCCGAGACGGAUGCGUCCGCACACCACCAGAGCAUUGGUACCUUCCAGACUUGAGCUGCCUAACACUAUCAUUGAUGGCACUGUAAAGGUUGAAGCUUCACCAUCAGAAUUAGUACGACUUUCUGAACUUGAGUGGCCCAAGCGAACUGUCCGAGACGGAUGCGUCCGCACACCGCCAAAGCAUUGGUACCUUCCAGACUUGGGCCCCAACUCCCAUCGGUGGACUGUAUAGAUAGAAGCCCCCGCCCCCCUCACUUCGGCGAGAAUUCGCAAAAUAUUAAAACUUCAGCAAAAUACUUCAAAAGAAAACCAAAAAAUAUAGAACUCUUUCUGAAGCUUGGCACAUGUUUUUAAUUGUAAUGUGCAUUUAUUUAUUGAAAAAGAUUUUUUUAUGCCAGAAAUCUCAUACAGCUAGUAGCGGUAAUAGACUUUUCUAAAUAGAUUAUAAAUUUGCAAUGUGGAUAACAGGAUUUAUGUAAUAAACAAAAGACAAACUAUUUUCAGCAUUAUUUGUACUGUAAACGUGCCCAUUUUAGUAACCAUUGAAAAGUUAUAUUUUUUUCGCAACAGUUUUUUUUUCUUUUUAGAAGUUUUCUUCUUUGUCUCAAAUAAAAUUGAUAAAAAGAUGUCCACUUUUAUAGUAAAUCGCUGUAUAUAAACUAUUUUAAUGCCUAUUGCCAUAUAAAUAUCGUUUUUCUGUCA